GAGGAGGUGAGACAGAGAGAGAAUCUUCCAUCCGCUGGUUCACUCCCCAAAAGACCACAAUGGCCAGGGCUGGGUCAGUCCAAAGCCGGGAGUCCAGAGCUUCUUCCAGGUCUCCCACACGGGUGCAGGGUCCCAAACACUUGGGCCACCUUCUGUUGCUUUUCCAGGUGCAUUAAUAGGGAGCUAGAUGGGAAAUGGAGCAUCUGAGACUCAAACUGGCGCCCAUAUGGGAUGCUGUCAUUGCAGGUGGAAGGUUCGCAUGCUAUGCCACAACACUAACCCUAGAAUCCUUGUAUUGUUAAGGCACUGGGCCCUGGCUGCCUUUCACCUCCAACCCCUGAUGCCAAGCAGUUACAUGGUGAUAGACUGGCAUGGGUCACAUGAUUGCUGGGAGGAGAGAUGAAUGAGCAGGCAGAAGAUGUGGAGGAGUAAGGGGCAGGCUGAGCCCAAGCUGGCUGUGUGGCUGGGUGGCUGAGACCUCUGUGUAUGGGGAAGCAAGGCUCCCCAGGAGGGCCCCUGGGCAUGUAGACUGGCAGAGGCUUUGGCUGGAAUUCCAUCGCCAGAAGACAGAAUCCGGCCUGGCCCAUGUGGAUCACUCCCCUUGCCAUGGCUGGGAGCUGCCCCUCUAAAUAUAGCCCCGUGGGUUGAACUCAGGCCUAUUUUGGGCAUAGGCUAGGAGGCGGCGGCCAGGCCUGGGGAGGAGCCACAGUUGCCUUUGUCCAGCCCUGCUACUCUUGGCCAUCCUGUGCUGCCCCCCGACUGCCCACUGCUUGCCAUGCCUGAGGAGACCCAAGAAGACGCUGUGGCAGCAGAGCCAAGCCAGAGAAGCAGGGGGCCGCUGGCUCUCAACCAUGUGCAAGAAGUGCGCCUACACCAGGUGGAGUCCAUCAGUGACCUGCACGGCGGAGGUUCGCUGCACCCCUACCUGACUGACGAGACCCAACCUUGGAACGAUUUGCUGGGCGUCCUGCCCCCAUCACUAUGUGCCCAGGCUGGCUGUGGCCCUGUGCACAGCCGUGGGGUCUUCCUGCUGCUGCUUGCAUUGCUGAUCUUCACCUGCCUGGCACUCGCCAUUGUGGCUGUCUACCUGAGCGUGCUACAGAGUGAAUCCCUGCGUGUCCUGGCACACACGCUGCGAACCCAGGAGGAGACGCUCCUGAGGCUCCGCCUGGCCAGCCUCAGCCAGCUGCGGAGGCUCAACUCCAGCGAGGCCAGAGCGCCCAGCUGAGCACGAUGGGACCUGCAUUCUAGGGGAGCGUGUCUGCGGGGAGGACCAAGGGACCACUGCCAGGUGUCUGCUGCUGUCAGCAGUAACUGUUUGGCAUCCUUGGGUGAAUUUUGUACAGGAGCCUGAGCUGACCACACAGAUGCCUGCUUCCCCUUGACCACUUCACAUCAAGCCUAGCUAAGCUUUGUGGUGCCAAGGUCCUGCUGUGGGUAGCCCAAGGUCAGAGGAAGGGGCCCAGCCUCC